CCAGAUGCACCUGAAGGCAGCAGCACAGAGAGGAGGACACUGGGAGCUACGCACCCAGCUAACAGCAGCUGAAUGGACACCGAUCACUCCCUGCCUGUGGGCAAUUCAAGCACCAAAAUGUCGGGGAAGAGUUUCCGAGUCAGCGACGGGGACUGGAUUUGUCCUGAUAAAAAGUGUGGAAAUGUGAACUUUGCUAGAAGAACUAGUUGUAACAGAUGUGGGCGAGAGAAAACCACAGAGGCAAAGAUGAUGAAAGCUGGAGGAACAGAGAUUGGAAAAACUCUAGCUGAGAAAAGUAGAGGCCUCUUCAGUGCCAAUGAUUGGCAGUGUAAAACAUGUGGUAAUGUGAAUUGGGCACGAAGGUCAGAGUGCAACAUGUGUAACACACCAAAAUAUGCCAAGCUUGAAGAGAGAACAGGUUAUGGUGGUGGUUUCAAUGAAAGGGAGAACGUAGAAUACAUUGAACGGGAGGAAUCUGAUGGGGAAUAUGAUGAAUUUGGAAGAAAAAAGAAGAAGUAUCGUGGGAAGAAGAACAGCACAUCCUCCUCAAAAGAACCUGAGAAGAAAGAAGUACCAAAAGCUGAAAAGGAUCAGGAGGAGGACGAGGAGGAAGAUGAAGAGGAGGAAGAUGGUGACCUUUCCAAAUACAAACUGGAUGAUGAUGAUGAAGACGACGAUGGAGACCUGUCAAAGUAUGAUCUGGAUGCCAGUGAGGAUGAAGAUGCACCGGCGAAGAAAAAGGGCAGCCGUUCGGGUUCGUCACGUUCCCGCUCAUCGUCACGCUCCUCCAGCUCCAGUUCUCGGUCGAGGUCCAGGUCCCGCUCUAGAAGCUCAUCCAGCUCCAGAUCUGGAUCUCGCUCAAGGUCCCAUUCCAGAUCCAGCUCCAGGUCUGGCAAGGGCUCCUCUCCCCGGAAGAGGUCCCGCUCGCCUUCCUCCUCACCUGAGAGGGGAGAGAAACGCAGUCGCUCCAGGUCCUCAUCUGGAGAGAGAAAGAGGAGGCGCUCUAGAUCCCGUUCGUCCGAAAGGCGCCGCGGACAGUCCUCUGGAUCCUCCCAUUCUGGCUCCAGUUCAAAAAAGAAAUAACCGUGUUACGGCCUUUAAAACAAGAAAAGGAACCUUAGUAAAAGUGCAUGUUGUGUUUCAAGGAAAACAACCUCAAUCUUUCAGUAUAGUGUUCAACUCCAUAAAAAAAGUCUUAGUUCCCACAAAAGAUGACAGUGGCUACAUUGCCCAUUACUCACCGUUACUUGCUCCCAUUUAAAACCACAAACACCCAAUCCUUUACAAGUGUCUUUAACUACAGGUGUACAUAAACAUACAUGUUUGAUCCUGUAAUAUCAGAUGUACUGAGCAGAGGCUGUAUCCCAAUUUAAACCCUCUUGCUGAUAUCUUCAUGGCAGGAUGUUCUACUCGUCUGACAGGAAUGAGUGAGAAACGACAGAAUUGUUUCUUCAAUAAAUGCUUCAUUUUUUUUUAAACAAACGGCAAAAGUGCAAAGGCACCACUUAGUACCAGAAGUGUAGCAGUGGAAUUUGGCCUAUUUUUAUUGUCUUGAUAAAUCUAACUUUUUUUGUCUGUUUUUUUCAAGGUAAGUAUUUUACUUUUGAUAUUGCUUGUUUUAAGUAAUCACCAGUUAGUUCAACAUUUUGUCUUAAGGCUCAAUUCCUUUUCUUUAUGCAGUUGUCACCUUCUUCACCAAACAAAUCAAGUACCUUUUUUGAACAGUUGAUGAAUUCACUAAAUUGGAGACUUUAGUGCUCCACAUUAGGUUAUAGAAAAUUAACAUACAGUAUGUCUAGAUCUAUGGUAGAACGAGAUAAACAACCGAAAUGUACAAUGUAAAUAAAAUCCUGUCAACAUUG